CACUGAAAAAUCUUAGCUCAGCUCGCAAAACCGAAAAAUGAGCAGCAAGCAGAGUAAUAAUACAGAAUAAAGGCGAACAUCGUUUGUCGAUUUUUCAGUCUGGGAUACACAGAAGGGGAUUUCGAGGGGGUUAUGGUUAUUAUUGCAAUGGAUUUUCGGAACGAAUUUUGCAAGGCUGCCGAUCGCUGAUGCAGUUUUGUAGCCUGUUUUUGUGUUUUGUGUGAUGUUUGAAACUAAUUUGCGGUUACAAGCUCGUUUUUGUGUGUUGUGUAGCCGGGUGCUCAAAGUGCGGCAUCAUGCCCUUUUGUUGCCUGGGCUAGGUGCUUUAUUGAAUGCGAUUCAGGGAACUGCUCGCAAAAGUUAAUUAAAUCACACACAGGCCGGGGGAAGAAUUGCAAAAGAGAAUGAUCUAAUAGUGGGGAUGCAGAUGCAGAUGCAGAUACAGAUAUAGAUUUAUUUAUGCAUACACGAUGGGGCAUAGGCAUAAUUAUAGAGACCCGCUGGCACCACGAUUUUCGUGCGCAGGAGAAUCUCAGCUGCCAUCGCCAGUUGACAAUCUAAAAUCCCAGACUCAUCUCAUCUCGUAAAUAAAAAACCCAAGAGCACUCCACUCCAAACACUUCAGAGCAAGCGUGGCAGCCCAGCAAAGUGGUUCAGUUUUCAAGUGUUUGCCAUUGAUAUUACGGCCCACACAUAGCAACAUAGCAACUGGCAACUCGCAAGCAGCAACUUGCAACUCGCAACUAGCAACUUGCAACACCAAAACAGCAGCUCAUGCCCACGUGUCCGGUCAGCAUGGCAUAUGGAAUGGGACUCGGCCUCGUGAUCCUCUGGCUGCUGCAGAUUGCGCAUACGCAGCGUGGCCCCGUGGAGCACAUCGAGUUUUACAACGAUUACGGCCGAAAUCACGACGAGGAAAGGCUCCACUACUCGCACCAGUACUACAUUUCCGACCUGGCCAGUCAGGUGCACAUCCUGCACCGGGAACAGCGGCAGGGUGACCAGGUCUCCGGCUCCUACUCCCACCUGGAGCCCAAUGGCCACAUCCGCAGCGUGCACUACGAGGUGCGGGGCCCCAAUCGAGGAUUCAGGGCUGUCGUGGAGCAGCGAACCGGGAACAGUCGGGUGCACCAGGCCCUGGAAUUCCGGAGCAGGCAGCCGAUCCGGGCUCUGGCCCUCGCCGAGCCUGUGGCAUUUGUGAUUUAAGACCUCCAGCGGCGUGAAACCGGCCCGGAAAAAAGGAACAGCAAAUAACAAAUAACAACCAACGACAAGCGAAUUAUUUGUCUUGUUUUACGCAGUCGUAAUUUGCAAAAUGUUUAAUUGUCUUUCAAUGACUUCGCUGACUUGUUAAGUGGAUUUCUAAUUUGAAAUUUAAAUUGUUUUCGGGAGGGGCGCAUAAAAUGUAAACGGGCAAUUUUAUUAAACUUAAAAUGUAAAUAUUUUGGGGAUAUAAUUCAAGCAAAGACGAAUGAAUGAAUACAAAUUAUUUUCCCUUUGUUUUGGGUAAACAAAACAAAUGCGAGUGACUAGAGGCAACGAAUUUCGAUUGUUAUCUUUGAGCUGCUUUUGUAAAAAGAAAUUAAUGGCUACCCUUAGCUGGGAUAAUAUCUGUAAGCCCAUCUUGUGGCCAUGCCUUUUAACUUGAGUAAUUGCUUGAGCCACCGAAAAACGGUAGUAAAUUAAACACUUUGUAUUCGGUACAAUCAGCUACCACUGAUGUUAGCUCACUUUUCAAGCGUCUGAAUAUGAAUUUCAAGCUUAAUUAUAAUAAAUUAACCCCUGUGAAAUAUUGUUGUUGACGUAUUUUUGCGCUACUAAACCCGUUGACAAGCCGAAAACUCGGUUAACGACACCUUAACAAAAAGUCAAAAGGAGCCAAGCGGGGCAUAAAUCAGAUAUUUUUGGGCUGCAGAAAAAGAAUGAUUGUGUUUUUGUUAGCAUUUCGUGAUAAUUAUAUUGUUUCUAUUGCGCCCGUUGACGUCUCGUGGUCACGGUCCUAAGACGCCGCUCUGUGAUCACCGAUCGGCUUAAAUGAUGGCCCAGAAGCCGCCGCCGUUCAACGACACCGCUAAUUGCCCCGGCUAAUUGCCGUAUGUUUUGUUGGCACUGCUUUUUGUGCCCAGUUUUGAGUGCCCGGGGCGAUAAAAAGCCGUUCAAGAGAGUGCCAAUCAGCGGUGGGUCCGUUAUUCCGUUUGACAGCUCACCUUGUCCGGCUUGCCCUUUCGUCGACCCUUGGCCUGUGGUCAAUUAAAAGGCCAUUUAGGCGCCAUCUUCUUCGGCGGAGGGAGAUUAAC